AUGUUCUUCCCCGUUGUAUUCUUCAUCCCUUUCGUGCUGGGUGCCCCGACUCAAAAGGCCCUGGAAAAGAUUCUGGUGGACAAUAAUCCUGAUUCAGUUACAAAUCGAGAGAAGAUUCGUGGAAUUAUCGAUAAGGCGUUUGAGAAUCGUGUUCCGAGGGUUCAAGGAAGACAAGGUGUUGCUCCUCCUGUUACUUUCGCUGCCUUAAACUACGGUCCAAAGAACAAUCAGACAAAGAAAUUUGAAGAACUGAAUCAAGAUAUCAACGAAUACACAUUUGAAUCUGACAUCAUGCUGAAUGAGAAACAAGCCAAACACAUUGCAACUGCAAUUGAAAAUGGAAAUUAUCGAUCAAAGAGGCAAGCGAUUGUAGAUACUACCAAUUUUUGGAGUGUCAGUGUUCCGAUCUUUUAUCAAUUUGAUACUAAAUUAUCCGCCACCAACAUAGCCAAUGUCAGAAAAGCAAUUCAAUUUUGGAAUGAUAACAGCUGUCUGAGCUUCAAGGAAGACAAUAAUGCUAAAAACCGUCUCUUUUUAUCAUCUGCAGGAGGAUGUUGGUCAUAUGUCGGAAAGCAAGUUGACAUGCCAUACCAAAUGGUUUCAGUUGGGCCAAACUGUGAUACGUUUGGUACUGCAACCCACGAGCUCAUGCAUGCCAUUGGCUUCUGGCACCAACAAUCACGCGCCGAUCGGGAUAACUACGUCUAUGUGGACUUUAGCAAUAUCAUUCCAAGUCAGGCAUACAAUUUUCAAAAAAUGGCAGUGGAUCAGGCACAGCUGUUGAAUUUGCCAUAUGAUUAUGGAAGUGUUAUGCAGUAUUACCCAUAUGCAUUUGCUGUUGACUCAUCGAAGUAUACAAUUUUGGCAAAGGAGAAUGGAUUCCAGAAUAGUAUGGGACAACGAGAGGCACCAGCAUUUUCAGAUAUUAUCGGAGUGAACAAGUUGUACAAUUGCACAAGCCAAUGCAAGAUACAAAUGAAGUGUUCAAAUUGUGGAAUCACAGACUCCCGUAACUGUAAUCAAUGCAAAUGUCCGCGCUAUUUCACAGGAGCUAGCUGCGAUAGCUUACCAUCUGGUACUGCUCCAAAUUGUAAUGGAGCCGUGCUUCAGGCUACAUCCUCUUGGGAAACCUUCGACGCAAAAGCCGGAGACCCAUCCAGCUUCUCUUCUUCCACAGACAAUUCGACCAAUUGUUACUGGCAUAUCAAAGCUCCAGAAGGACAACAAAUUGAAUUCAAAAUGACAAAAACUCCAUUGGCAGCAAUAUGUAUGCAAGAAUGUCCAUGGCAAUCGAUUGAAGUUAAUCUUGGAAAGUUUGACUUAUUUGGAAUGAUAACCUGCUGUGACACAAUCCUAAACCAAGUGUUCACCUCUGAGCUUAAUAUGAUUGCUCUUCGUGGAAUAAUUCGCUACAAUCAGUUGACGUUUAGCAUUCAAUAUCGAGCAGUGCCAAGUUCGAAGCCUGCUUCAACCAAUGCUUGCUUGAACCAGUGAAUUUUUUGGGAUUGGGAAUACUAAUUUAUUAAUUUAUUGACUUUUAUAUCUUAAUCAAGGGUCUCAUGUUUACUUUGAUCUUUCCACUUGAAAUGAAUUUUUGUGUUAUCUAAAUC